AUGGCAUAUUCUACUGUGCACGAUUACAAUUACAACGAGGCUCCGCCAGUAGUUGCCCAUGAGACUUUGGGCGACGAGAGUCGCCACCAGCCUCCUCAACAGGACCACAUAACCUAUGCAGAAACGCAGUCUCUUACAAGUUGGGACGGGCAGAAGAUUUACCCUACAGCAGAGUAUCAUCAAGUUAAUCCUUAUUGGAAUAAUCCGAUACCCACGGGGCCAUCUCAUCACAGAGGAUGGAGCGGCAGCACGGCUACAGUCGAUAUACCCUUGGAGGAUAGGUCACCUCCAAAAUCCGAUACCAAGUCCUUGAAACAGAAAUCUCCCUCGUCGGGAGGAGGUUCCUGGACACUGGAAAUCGUCACCAUUUUGUUCGCCUGUGCCGCCGUUGGGGGCAUCAUGGGCGUGCUCGCGCGGUUCGAGAAUCGACCUCUGCCCGACUGGCCCUACUAUAUCACGCUCAACGCCCUCAUCGCCCUGCUGGCGGCAGUCGCGCUCGCUACCAUGAGCGUAUCGCUGCAAAACGGUAUAUCGCAGCUCAAGUGGAUCCGCUUCAAGGAAUCCAGGGCACCGUUGGCUGAUAUGGAGACAUUUGACGAGGCGAGUCGAGGUACCUGGGGCGCAUUGAAGCUUUUGGCGACAGCCCGAGGAGGCUUUCUCGGCUCAUUUGGUGCCGUCAUUGCUAUUGUCAGUCUGGCCCUGGGCCCGUUCGCUCAACAAAUCAUUACAUACCAGAUGAGAACAGUCAUGGACGAGAGUCCAGGUAGCGCAACGAUAGCUCGUGCACAGAACUAUACUGGGGCUCUUCCAGGAAACACUUCAUCCACCGGCUACGUCCCGAUCCUACCCCUUAAAUCCGCAGUAUACAACGGCCUCUUUGCAGAAAACGGAAGACCCAACGCGGCCCUCAAAUUCGAACGUCAGACAGGCAAUUGCACCUGGUCGGCCUUUGAUACGAUUGGCGUCUGCCACGAAUGCGUCGAUCUGACACCAUACAUGAGCAGGUACUGCGCCGCCUCGGACGACAACAACCAAGACUGCGGCUGGAAAGUUCCCCAAGGGCCGGCCUACCUCAACAGUAGCGCCGACGUUUUUAGCAUGACCCCGCUCAUCCCGUCGGCGAGCGGUGACAUGCCGCACUCGACCAUUAUGCGUCUCGUAUUCAUGGGCACCGAGGCCAAGGAUGGGCUGGCGGGCGAGCUCAAACCCUGGGCCCAGCAGUGCGCCCUGUCCGUGUGUCUGCAGACCAUCGACGCCGCCGUGGCCAACGGCGUGCUGAGCGAAAACGUGACGGCGCGCGUCGUCAACCGGACCGUCGUCGACAUGACCCGGGACACCUCCAGUCAAGACUUUGCCGCCUACGUUACCGGCCAGGAUGGUGAGGUUUAUAACGUGGGAAUGGAGGCCCUGCUCAGCAUGCGCGGGUGGUUCUCUUCGCUGUUUGCUGCCGGUCGUGCUGUCCGCACCACGGCCGAUGCCAAUCGUACCAUCACGGACAACUCGGUGGUUGUGAACCUGACGGUUGGCAUCUCAAGUGGUGUGACCUUUUUCGAUUCUGAUAUCGUGACCGCCUUUUACUGGAACUACUACGAGUAUCAAGACGCUGACGGCAUCGACAUGCUCAUGUCGGACAUGGCGACAUCAAUGACGGUGGCAUUUCGCUCCUUCUUUGGCGCUGUGCCAGUUUCGGGAAAGGCAAUCUCCAUGGAGUCAUUCGUCCAUGUCCGCUGGGGGUUUGCUGUUCUGCCAAUCGUUGUCGUGGUUGCCACGGUGCUCUUCUUGAUGGCAGCUAUAUACCGAACCCGCCAAUCCAACACAAAGGCAUUGAAGAGUAGUGCUCUGGCGAUGCUGUUCCAUGGAUUGGACGAGGACAUCAGGUCACAAUUUGGAAGUGUAAGGAAUCUUAAUGACAAGAAGAGACAGGCGCGAGUAGUCAAAGUGCAGCUUAAUGAGAGUGACGGGAAAAGUCUACUGAGGGGUUGA